UGCAGCUGAGGAACGCAUUCCACCGUGCAACAGGAUUUACUUCAGAGGUGAACUGUGAGGAAAACUAAAGAUGUUAGUUUUUGCGCCUGUUACUGUGGAGAUUUGAGCGUGCUGACAUCAAGACAAUGCCUCAAGAUGAGAAGUCAAGUGUGAGGUGGUUUCUCUUACUAGCGACGUGGGGAAGGCGUGAGACAGUUGAUUUUAACUUCAGAGAAAUCGCACGUUUCCACAACCGCAUGAAUAGUGCAGGAGACGCGCAUCACGCCACAGGAUAGUGGAGAGGACAAGGCGCACAGGAGCGCACAGCUAUUUCCUACUGUAAUCCAAAUGGACAUCAGCAACAUGGACGGCUACAACUGGACGUCAGUAUCAGAGAAUUUCACCAUGUCUUCCUCAGAGCCCUACCCCAGCUCCACUACCACUAUGUACUCAGACCCGCCCGCGCCAAUGCCCUUCAGUGUGGUCACCGCAGUCAUCUACACCAUCGUCUUCAUCGUGGGUUUUCUGGGUAACACGCUGGUCAUCUAUGUGGUGGUCCGCUACGCCAAGAUGAAGACGGUAACAAACAUGUACAUCCUAAACUUAGUCUUGGCGGAUGAAAUCUACAUCCUGGGAAUUCCCUUCCUUGGCACAAAUAGUGCGCUUUCCUACUGGCCAUAUGGGGAUUUCUUCUGCAAGGUGUGCAUGACUGCUGACGCCAUGAGCCAGUUCUCCUCCACCUUUUGCCUGACAGUGAUGAGCAUUGAUCGCUACCUGGCUGUGGUUUAUCCUAUUCGCAGUGCCAAAUGGCGGAAGCCCAAGGUGGCCAAGGUUUUCAAUGGCAUGGUGUGGGUUGUGUCCUUCCUGAUUGUGCUGCCGGUCACCAUCUACUCACAUGUACAGGAGGAGUUCAACACCUGCAACAUAACCUGGCCUGAUCCACAUAAUUUGUGGUCCAUUGUCUUCAUCCUCUACACAUCCAUUCUGGGUUUCUUUGGUCCCCUCGUUGUCAUCAGCCUCUGCUACCUGCUCAUUGUCAUCAAGGUGAGGUCGGCAGGUGCUCGUGCAGGCCUGACUAAGCGGCGGAAGUCGGAGCGUAAGGUGACACGCAUGGUGGUGAUCAUCGUGUUGGUGUUUGUACUUUGUUGGCUGCCCUUCUUCAUUGCCAACAUUGUCAAUCUGAUUUAUAUCAUCCCUGAAAGCAAAACCACCGCUGCAGUCUACUUCUUUCUGGUCAUCCUUACCUAUGUCAACUCCUGCGCCAAUCCAAUCUUAUAUGGCUUCCUCUCUGACAACUUCAAGCAGAGCUUCCAGAAGGUGCUCUGCUUCCACAAACCAAAUGGUGUUGGUACUAUAGACCAGAUGGGAGGUAGACAGACUGCACCCAAGUCUCUGCAGAUGGAGGUUGUUGGGAACCUUGACAGUGAGCCUUUGGCUUCAAAAAAAACAGUGAAUGGCCAGUGAUCGCUAUAACCCACCAUGUACCAGUGCACAAGCUACCAUAUGGAACUUGAACAAUUUACCCCGGGAACUUUUAUUGAUUGGUAUGUCCUGUCUUUAUUACUGAUCCUCCCUCUCUGAUCGGGACAUUUCUGGAGAGGAUCAGAGGAGUAAUGCUGGAGAGAAAACUACUUACAGUACUCAUUAUCAGAGCUCUGCAUUUUUGGUUGUAGGCUACUUUAUGUCUUUGUACUGUUACACAGUUGACUGCAAUGUACAUUAGCAUUAGUUUCUGUAAUGAUGUAUGAUCUCAGCACAAUAAGAAUAUAGUCAUGAGAGUUUUAAAUACUGUAAAUUCUCAUAUACUGUAGCUCUAGAGAAAACCAGGCUUUUAUUGCAGUGUAGUACACUAGAGAUAAGUAUUUUUGGUUUCUGAAUCCUUUUUUCUUUUUUCUUUAUUUGAUCGCGUUUUAGUAAGAAUCAUUGUGUUCUGAUCUGCUUUUGGUAUGCUGCUGUUACUAUAUAUUCAAAACUUCCUAUAUGUUUACCUGUUUGCCUUGAGAAAUUCACUAUAAUGCACAUUUCAUAGCACUAAGAGACGUCUGUGCAGGAGGUAUUGAGUUGAGUGCAAGCUAACUAAACAACAAAUGGCCGGAAUUAACUGGGGAGUGAGAACAAUAUUUCUGUUAAAGCAACAGUUUAAUGUUUUGAUAAAUAGUAUUAUAAUCAUUCUGUUGGUGAAUUAGAUAAGAAGACUGAUAGCACAUUCAUAUCCGUCUGCUAUAUAUAAGGCUACAACCAGCAGGAGGUUAGCUUAGUUAAAACUGGAAACGUGGGAAAAACUAGCCCAGCUUUGUGCAGCAAUAACCUUCAAAGCUGGAUAAUUAAGAUCUACAUCUCAUAUGUUGAAGUGAUAAGAAAGACAAAGGAAAGGCUAAAAGUCUUUCUUGGUUUUGCCCAGUAAAUUUCUGUAAUCCUUGCUGGUUUCCUGACAACUACUCGCAGCCAAAAAAUAGUCUGACACAUAACCCCUUUAAAAUGGCAAAUUGUUGUAGAGCUAUAAUGUGUCCAUUAGUUAGCUCUAGGUAGGAGGAUUUAAUUUGCGAUGGACAGAGGUUAGUGCUAUACCCCUGUUUCCACUAAUUAUGCUAAGCUAAGCUAAUUGUCUUCUGGCAGUAGCCUUAUAGCUAAAUAAACAAUGAGAUGAAAAAUAUAUUUCCAAGCUUUAAUCAAGUGUCCCUGUGUUGAUUAUUCAUUUAUUGCUUGUUAUAUGUUACAAAUGUGAACAAAAAAUAACUUUUUAGUAUUCUUUAGAAGUUAACUCCUGAGUAGCUUGCCGAUACGUCACAUUACUGAAGUUAAGAACUUCUGUUUCAUUUUGACUUUAACAGACAGACACACGAGUGGUAACAAUCUUCUCAUCUAAGUCUCUGCUAGAAAGAAAUCAAGCAUAUUUCUCAAAAAGUCUAACUAGUUUUUAAGACUCAGAGCAAUAAAGUGAUAGAGUUAGUCCUGUGGAAUGUGCAUUUACCAUGUGAGCCAUCAUAGUAGUGGUGAUUUCAACUUGAUUAGUGAUUUUUUUUCUUCUAGCAGACCUUAAUUAAACAUUGUGUUUUUAUUCACGCCAGGUACGACCCCAGCUAUUAUUUCAUUUUAAACUCAUCUGUUGUUCUUUUUUAAUUUGAGAAUUUACAGUAUUUGAUUUGAACUCGUAUAACCAGAGUGAUAACUGUAAAGAUGGUUGAAAUAUUUUUGAUGGUCAUGAUUAUAUGUCAGUUAUGAGUUGUUUGUUUUUAGUGGGCUUUUUGUGACAUUUUUACCUUAAUGUUACAAAGCUGUGAAAAAUGCCUUGAAAUAGCACAGCCAAGUAUUGUCCUCUAGUGGGUUUUCUCUCACCCUGCUAAAAGAACAUCUGCUGGAGUGGAUAACUUGGUGGAGUGACAGAGCAUAUCAUUGUCCAACCUCAGCAGCAUACUUUAUCAUAUCCGUACUCGCUGUUUAGCUGCUGCACUGUGAGCUUUGACAUGUGAUAC